AAAAAGUCGUCAGAAAACCAUAAGCAACGAAACGAAGCAGCAUCCGAAGAUAUCAAGAAUGGCGCACAUACCAACACCAUAUUUACUAAACAACAUGCUUCGUUAGUAUGAUAUGACUCCAACAUUGCCGGAAAGUAUCAGGUGUUUGGAAACCUAACAAUUUAGCGCGCUACUUGGUUGGUGUUCUACGUUGCUAGUAAGAUGUUCUGUGUAUAUAAUGUCAGCCUCUCAGUCACUUGAUGCUUCUAUCCAGAAUAUGAUCAGUUCUUCAGAGGCAGCAAAAAUAAUUGCAUUACAAGAAGCUAUGCUUACCAAGUUUGAAAAAACAAAUGAAAUGCUUCGAACUGUUUCUGAGCUCUCUGAUGGAAGAUGUAGAGUACUGUUUACCGAACUAACUGCUCAUACAAAGACAAUCAUUUCACUAAAAAAGGAAAUGGAUGAUGUCUUCAAACGUAUUCGAUCCAUAAAGAAAUUAUUGUGUUCAAAUUUCCCAGAGGAUAUGGAAAGACUGAAUCAACAUUUUUGUAGUAGAGAUUCCGAAGAUAAAGAAGAUUGUAACAUUGUUCCGAAGGUUUUGCAGACAUCAGACUGUGUUACAAUCGCUAAAACAAUGGAAACAGUCUGUGAGGACUAUACUUCGGAAUAAAAUAAGCCACAGAAAUGUUAAUAACUGUUUUAAUAUGGAUAUAAUAUUAUCGUAUUUCAGUUUGUAUUUUUACUAAUAUAAUGUAUUAACCAGUGUUGUU